AUGGCAGGGGCACGUGGCCAGAAGCAGCUGCGCGCGCCCACGGCGCCUGUCUUCCCGGCGGCCGCCCGCCUGCCGCUGGUUGGGCUGGGCACUUGGACGCAGCGCCGGCCUGGCGAGGUCAGGGAUGCGGUGGAGGCGGCCGUGAGGCUGGGCUACCGGCACCUAGACUGCGCGGGGGACUAUGCCAACGAGGGGGAGGUGGGCGAGGCGCUGGCGACGGUGCUCGCCGAUGGCAGCGUGCGGCGCGAAGAGCUGUGGGUGACCAGCAAGUUGCAGAACAAGGACCACGCGGCCGAGCGGGUGGAGGCGGCGUGCAGAGAGUCUCUGGACAAGCUGGGACUUGACUACCUGGAUCUCUACCUGGUGCACUGGGCAGUCACAGGCAACAGUGGGCCUCGCCUGGAGCCGCCGCUGGAGGUGGGAGGGCGGGCCGUGGGCGUCUCCAACUUCUCCAUCAAGAAGCUGGAGCAAGUGAUGCAGCGCGCCACCAUCCGUCCCGCGGUGGAGGCGCACCCCUACUUCCGCAACCAGGCGCUCAUCGACUGGUGCCACGAGCGCAGCAUCCACGUGACGGCCUACAGUCCUCUGGGCUCCCCACACACCUCUGCCUUCUUCAAGCGCCGGGAGGACACCCCCGACGCUACGCUGCUCGAGAUUGCAGAGCGCCAUGGCAGGAGCCCCGCAGAUGUGCUGGUCAGCUGGGCCGUGCAGCGCGGCACCUCCUGCCUGCCCAAGUCCACCAAGGAGGCGCACCUGAGGUCCAACCUGGAUGCCGCCAGCUGGCGCCUGCCAGACCAGGACUUCUCCGCCCUCAGCAGCCUGGGCCCUCAGUACAGGAUGCUGGACGGCGCCUGGUUCUGCUCGCCCGAGGGCCCCUACCGAACCCUGGAAGAACUCUGGGACACAGAGUACGAGGAGCGCACCAGCACCGUGUGA